GAUAAUGUACUUUUAAAGUCACAAUGAUAACAUUUACUUCUUUAGAGUUUUGGUUUAUGAUGAUUUUGACUUGGGUUCAAGUUUAUAUAUCAUCAUUUUGACUUUUCUUAAUCUUGAAGUUGCAUAGCCAGAAGCCUUGAAUGUUUGAUUAUUCAAAGAAAUAGGCUUUGAAAUAACUCAGCUGUUUUUUUUUUUUUAGAAAAACGUUCAAAUGAUAUGAAAUAUGAAUUGUUAUGGUAUUGCUGGGGUAAGUGAAAGUGUGGUGAAGCCUUUAUUGUGAAGGACUUAGACCGGAAGUGUAGAUGUUGCCACGGACGGACCUCAAGCUCCAGAGGUUCCGGGAAAAUAAGAGCCGGUUUGUUGGCUGUGAAAGCUUGACCUGCAAUAUUAACUGCUCGGUCUCCAGACGGACCGUGGGGCUGUUGUCAAAGCUGGCUCUUCAAAAGAUGGCCCCGACUAAUGUCAUUAAAUACUCUUCAGAGGAGGGAUGCACAUGUCCAUUGGAAUCCGAGCUGCGAGCAGUGCUGCAGCAAAGGAUUAUGGUCCUGGACGGUGGUAUGGGAACCAUGAUCCAGCAGCAUCAACUUGAAGAAGAAGAUUUCAGGGGAGAUGAGUUUAAAGAACACCCUCUUCCACUGAAGGGCAACAACGACCUUCUCAGUAUCACACAGCCCGAUAUCAUUUACACAAUACACAAGGACUACCUGCUGGCUGGUGCUGACAUCAUAGAGACCAACACAUUCAGCAGCACCUCUGUCGCCCAGACAGACUAUGGACUGGAACACAUGGCUUAUCGUCUCAACAGGGCGUCUGCGGAGCUGGCCAAGAGGGCAGCUGACGAUGUCACCAAACAAACUGGUUGUAAACGCUAUGUGGCCGGGGCAGUGGGUCCCACUAAUAAGACCCUGUCCGUGUCGCCGUCUGUGGAGAGACCUGACUUCAGGAACAUCACUUUUGAUGAGCUUGUAGAAGCCUACUCAGAGCAGGUCAGAGGUCUGUUAGAUGGGGGAGCAGACAUCCUUCUGGUUGAAACCAUCUUUGAUACUGCCAACGCUAAGGCGGCCUUGUUUGCCAUCGAGCUGCUGUUUGAAAAGAGCUACGAAAGGAAACCUAUAUUUAUCUCAGGGACCAUCGUUGACCGGAGUGGACGCACUCUUUCUGGUCAGACAGGAGAAGCCUUUGUAGUGAGUGUAUCCCAUGUUAACCCUCUAUGCAUUGGUCUGAACUGUGCCUUGGGGGCGACAGAGAUGAGGCCGUUCAUUGAAGCCAUCGGAAAAAGCACCACAGCUUUCAUUAUCUGUUAUCCCAAUGCAGGUCUUCCCAACACAUUUGGAGGGUACAAUGAAACCCCAGAAAUAACAGCCUCCAAUUUAAAGGAGUUUGCUGUGGAUGAACUGGUGAAUAUUGUGGGAGGCUGUUGUGGGACCACUCCAGGACACAUCAGGGCCAUAUCAGAAGCAGUCAAACACUGUAAGCCGCGAGUUCCCGCUGCUGGUAUUUAUCAAGACUACAUGCUACUGUCAGGUUUAGAGCCGUUCAGGAUCGGCCCUUACACCAACUUUGUUAACAUCGGCGAGCGCUGCAACGUGGCUGGGUCACGCAAGUUUGCCAAGCUGAUCAUGGCAGGAAACUAUGAGGAGGCUCUAAGCAUUGCUAAAGCCCAGGUGGAGAUGGGAGCCCAGGUCCUGGAUAUAAACAUGGAUGAGGGGAUGCUGGAGGGGCCAACAGCAAUGGCUCGAUUUUGUAACUUGAUUGGUUCUGAACCAGACAUCGCACGGGUUCCUCUGUGUAUUGACUCCUCUAACUUUUUAGUGAUUGAGGCUGGCUUGAAAUGCUGUCAGGGGAAGUGUAUAGUCAACAGUAUCAGCCUGAAGGAAGGAGAGGAGGAGUUCUUGCACAGAGCUGCUACUGUGAAGCGCUACGGAGCUGCUGUGGUGGUCAUGGCCUUCGAUGAGAAGGGACAGGCCACAGAUGUAGACCGUAAAGUGGAGAUCUGCGCUCGGGCCUACAAGCUGCUAGUCAGCAAAGUGGGAUUUGACCCCAACGACAUCAUCUUUGACCCCAACAUCCUCACCAUCGGUACAGGCAUGGAGGAACACAACGACUAUGCCAUAUACUUCAUCAGAGCCACCAAACUUAUCAAGGAGACAUUACCAAGAGCCAGAGUGAGUGGAGGUCUGUCCAACCUGUCCUUCUCCUUCAGAGGGAUGGAGAUCAUCCGAGAAGCUAUGCAUGGAGCAUUUCUUUACCAAGCUAUCAAGGAUGGUAUGGACAUGGGGAUAGUGAAUGCUGGGAACCUGCCCGUCUAUGAUGACAUUGAUAAAGAGCUGCUGUUACUGUGUGAAAACCUCAUCUGGAACAGAGAUGCUAAUGCUACUGAGAGACUACUGACCUACGCACAGAACAACGUGAAAGGAGCGAAGAAGGUGGUUCAGACAGACGAAUGGAGACAAGGAAGUGUGGAGGACAGGCUGGAGUACGCUCUCAUUAAGGGAAUAGACAAGGAUGUGGUAGAGGAUGUGGAAGAGUGUCGGGCCCAGGUGGACCGCUACACUCGACCCCUGCACAUCAUUGAAGGCCCCCUGAUGAACGGCAUGAAGGUGGUGGGAGAUCUCUUUGGAGCGGGGAAGAUGUUCCUGCCACAGGUGAUCAAGUCGGCUCGUGUUAUGAAGAAGGCGGUGGGCUAUCUGAUUCCUUUCAUGGAGAAGGAGAGGGAGGAGAUGAUGGCGCUGUCAGGGUCAACUGAGGAAAUGGAUCCCUAUCAGGGCACCAUAGUUCUGGCUACAGUGAAGGGAGACGUCCAUGAUAUUGGCAAGAACAUCGUAGGUGUGGUGCUGGGUUGCAACAAUUUUAGAGUGAUCGACAUGGGUGUGAUGGUUCCCUGUGAUAAGAUCCUCAGAGAGGCCGUCACACAGAAAGCAGAUUUUAUUGGUUUGUCUGGUCUGAUCACCCCUUCGCUGGAUGAGAUGAUCUAUGUGGCCAAAGAGAUGGAGAGACUGGGAAUGACAACACCGCUGCUGAUUGGAGGAGCAACCACAUCAAAGACACACACAGCAGUGAAGAUUGCCCCUCGCUACACGUUUCCUGUUAUCCAUGUUCUGGAUGCCUCCCGGAGUGUCGUGGUGUGCUCGCAGCUCCUGGAUGAGGCAAUGAGGGAGGAGUAUUUUGAGGACCUGAAAGAGGAGUACGAGGAGAUUAGGCAGGAGCACUACGACUCCCUGAAGGAUCGUCGGUAUUUGUCUCUCUCCCAGGCCAGAGAGAAGGCUUUACAUAUAGACUGGCUCUCUUUGCCUACACCAGUACGUCCUCAGUUCCUGGGCACCCGUGUGUUUGAGUGCUACGACCUGAAUAGUCUGCUGGAAUUUAUCGACUGGAAGCCUUUCUUUGAUGUGUGGCAGCUGAGAGGAAAAUACCCCAACAGAGGUUACCCCAAGAUCUUCAACGACAAAACUGUUGGUUUGGAAGCUCGGAGACUCUUCGAUGAUGCCCAGCGUCUGCUCAGCCAAAUGAUUGACAGGGGUAGUGUGGAGGGGCAGGGCCUGGUGGGGUUCUGGCAUGCCCAGAGUGAUGGCGAUGACAUCAGUGUGUACAAAGAUGAUUUCCCAGUACACAGAGACACCAAGCCCAUCGCCACAUUCCAUGGCUUACGGCAACAGGCGGAGAAGGACCGCUCCAGUUCGGAGCCCUACCUGUGUGUGUCUGACUUUGUUGCCCCUGUAGACAGCGGUGUGGCAGACUACAUCGGUGUGUUUGCUGUGGGUGUGUUUGGAGCUGAUGAGCUGAGCCAGCAGUUCCAGGCUCAGGGAGACGACUACAACAGCAUCAUGGUCAAAGCCCUAGGUGAUCGACUGGCUGAGGCCUUUGCCGAGGAGCUACAUUCUCGUGUGCGUAAGGAUCUGUGGGGCUACAGUACUGACGAGGCUCUGCAGGCUUCAGACCUCCACAGACUACGAUACCAGGGCAUCAGACCUGCAGCUGGCUACCCCAGCCAGCCUGACCACACAGAGAAGACCACCAUGUGGAGCCUGGCUGGGAUCCAGGAGAAGACUGGUAUUUGUCUGACAGAGUCCCUGGCCAUGCUGCCUGCUUCCUCAGUGUCUGGACUUUACUUCUCUAACCCUCAAGCCUCAUACUUCGCUGUGGGAAAGAUCACCAAAGAGCAGGUGGAGGACUAUGCCAGAAGGAAAGAGAUGAGUCUGGAGGAGGUGGAGAGAUGGCUGGCUCCCAUACUGGGUUAUGACAGUGAAGUGUAGCGUGUGAGCACUCCAGCAGUAAACUGGACCACAGAGGGAUCAAAAGCAGGGCACAACUAACACACAAUCAGGUUCACAGUCCAACCAUUCCACUGCAGCUCACACAGCUUCUAACUGUGGCUGCUUACACAGGGAUUCACUGACAUCACAUAGUAUAUCACUUACUUUUAAAAACACACAAGGUAUUAUCAUUUUACUCAACAUUUCAGAACAAUUAAACCAUGUUUUGUCCUCUGUGGCAAGAGGUUAUGACAAGCUUACUACUGUUAAACACUACACACAUACAGUUGAUACCUGUGCCAACAGGAUAUCUGACUGUUAGUGAAACUUAAAUUUGACAAUUAAAAAAAAAAAAAGAAUAAAUGAAAGAAUAUAUAUAUAUAUAUAUAUAUAUAUAUAUAUAUAUAGUA